AUGGUCCCUACUAAUAUUAUUCUCCUCUCCGCAUGGGCCGCCAGCGCAUUGGCUGCACCAAGCGGAGUUGACAAGCGACAGAGCAAUGGGGACAACCUCUGGCAAGUUCCUGCCAGACGUGACCCAAAGGAGCCCGGGCAGGAUAGGUGGACGCAAAUCAACUCCGUCAUUACCCCAAUCGACAAGGCGGCAGAUGACAAUCGCAAAUUCUCCUACUACCCAUUCCUUUACAACAUGGGCGGCACCCUUUUCUUGCUCUUCUCUGGCGCUCAACAGGAUAUCAAUGGCAUGGGUCAAGAUGUGCGACUCUCUUACUCCACAGAUGGGAAAUGGAGCAAACCGGAGAUUGCCUUUCCGGCAGCUCUUCUACCAAACCAGACAACCAUCAAGACCUCGGAGUACUAUUGCAAGCGUGGCAUUCCCCAAAGAGCCUUGCAAGCGCUGUCCAUUGUCUAUAUUGGUGGAGGCGAGUCUGACGCGACAUACUAUGCAGUUGCACAGUCCAGUGACAACGUCUGUCCUGGACACACUGAAUCAGCCGGUCGCAUCGCCCGUAAGCUAAACCGCGAUCCGUUGUCUGGUAGUACAUUCUCAGGCGACCCAUGCUGGAUCGAGACCAAUGACUAUACCGGCAGCCACGAAUGGGCUGAGACGGUCUACGGCACAAAGUACCACAUGAAGGUGUGCGAUGACAAGGAGAAGAUUCUAGCUGCAUUGAGGAACCCACAAGCCGUGCCGGCUCAAGCAACCUCUCUCUUCAACGCACCCCUUAUCGCUGCUGAUGGCAAACACAACGUCACCUAUCCCACCAAUGCAGUCUACCUUCCCGGCUCUUCGGGUCCAGGACGUUAUAUGCGAUUCUGGGCCGAUGUCUCCUUGAGGAAUAAGACUGGCAAUGCUUUUGUUGAAUAUACCAGCGAUCUCACCGGCAAUAAUUGGUUCCCCGCAACGGAAGACGGCUCCAAGAUCCAACAGACCAACAUUUACAGCUCCAACAAGGCCUGGUACGGUAGCAGUGAGGGCUCCACUCAGCUCCGCGUGUACAUCUCAAACAGCGGCAUGAACAAGGAUCUGUCUCAGGAAAUCUUGACCGUCGCCACUUCUCGCGGCGACGACCUUGCAUUCCGCAACAUUGGCAUCCUCCGCAGCGACUCCCAGGAAAAUGCUCCUGUUGGCACUCGUCCCAGUGAGAGCUCCGACUUGGCUGGCUUCUACUGGCCCUCGGCCGUUUUCCAGGGUGAUCAAAUGGUUGUCGCAUACAGCGAGAACAAGGCCAAUAUCCAGGUCUCUACUAUCAAGCUUGCUAAUCUCCCUUGA